UGGGGGCGGUUUCACUAUCAACAUGGCGGCCAUCAGGAGCGGGGUGACUCCGGGUUGCAUAGUAAGAUGUUUUCUGCGACAAAGUGGCAAAUCAAGGAAAGGCAUCAGUCCGUUUUCAGAUGGCGUACACCCUUAUUUGCUUCUCAAGUCUCGACUUCACACAGCCCUUGAGUGCCGAAGUCCUAUAACAAAGACACUACUUGGUCGAAGACACAAUGGAAAGUUCCUGUGGGUCGGCACUGUGGCUGUGCGAUACAACGGGACACAGAUUCCUGUCAACACAGUGGAAUCUGCUUCAGUGCUUGAAGCUGCAAACAGUGCUUCGGUUAUACAGACAACCCCAGUGUCCCUGCCUUCCGAACCUAUCUUCACACAGCCAGUAAGUGAACAGAUUACAGUUGAGGCCGUUUCUGUGGCACCUACUGAAGUGCACAUCCCAGCUUCUCAGACAGUGUUUACCUCUACCCCGGACCAUGUUGCAACUGUCCUCACACAGCCAAUCACAGAACAGGUGGUUGAUGAUGCCCCCACCGCUAUUGAAGUCCUCCAAGUUGCGACUACUGAACCCAGUCUGGCAGAGCUUGGGUUGUGUGCUCACACUCCAGUGGGGCUUGUCCAAAACCUACUGGAGUUCAUGCAUGUGGAUCUCGGUUUACCGUGGUGGGGAGCCAUUGUUGUAGGUACCGUACUGGCUCGUUUAUUGGUCUUCCCUGUUAUUGUGAAGGGUCAAAGAGAAGCAGCCAAACUGAAUAAUGUCCUGCCUGAGAUGACCAAACUCACCAAUAGAAUGAAUGAAGCUAAACAGAGUGGAAACAAAUUUGACUUUGCCAAAGCCUACUCUGAUUUGAACUUAUUCCAGAAAAAGCAUGAUGUCAACCCGCUGCGUGGCUUCUUGAUUCCUGUGGUGCAGGCACCAAUCUUCAUCUCUUUUUUCAUUGCACUGAGGAAGAUGGCAUAUCUCCCGGUGCCUAGCAUGCAGACUGGGGGAAUGCUGUGGUUUCCAGACCUGACAAUAGCUGACCCUUACUAUAUCCUGCCUAUUGCUGUCACAGGAACUAUGUUCCUUAUUCUGGAGUUGGGAGCAGAGUCAGGUGUUGACAACCCAAAUCUGAAAGCUAUGAAGACUGUGUUUAGAAUAAUGCCCCUAAUAAUCCUCCCACUUACCAUCAACUUUCCUACAGCUGUGUUCACCUAUUGGAUGACCUCCAACUGCUUCUCCUUGGGACAAGUGGCCUUGCUCCGGCAUCCUUUUGUCAGAAAGAAGCUGAAGAUCCCUGAGAGGAUCCAACACCCUCCAUCUGCAUUGCCCCAAAAUGAGGGGUUUAUUCAAAGCAUGAAAAAAGGGUGGAAGAAUGCUCAACUGGCCCAACAGCUUGAAGAAAGGGAAAGAAGGAUCAAAAAUCAUCUUGACCUUGCUGCUAAAGGCCCACUGAGGCAGACCUUUACCCACAAUCCCCUGCAGCAGAAUUCACCAAUAACAGCAGCAUCAUCCAAGAACAAGAUGACCAGCAGCAAGCCUCAGCCAUGGAAAGACACUUUGGGUUGAAACUGAAAAUCAGUUUAGUAGUUUGGAAGAUCUAUUAUUAUGUAUAUAUUUAUGGCUCAAAGAGUAAAGGAAGUGGACUUAUAAAUGUAUCUGUACUAUUAUGAUUAAAAUGUACAGUUACAAUCA